UUUUUGGACAUACUGGUUGGGGCAAGCCUUACGCUACGGGCUUUUAGGCAAGACGAGUUUUACUCAGAGGAGCAAGAACACUGCCGAGGGAGGGGAAUGGAGCGCCUGGCCUCCUUCAGUAAUGACCCUUUUGAUAAGCCUCCAUGCCGAGGUUGCUCUUCGUACCUCACAGAGCCCUACGUUAAGUGUGCUGAGUGUGGGCCUCCUCCCUUCCUCCUGUGUUUGCAGUGUUUCACACGAGGAUUUGAAUACAAGAAACAUCAAAGUGAUCAUACUUACGAGAUAAUGACUUCCGAUUUCCCUGUCUUGGAUCCUAACUGGACAGCUCAAGAGGAAAUGGCUCUCCUAGAAGCUGUGAUGGACUGUGGAUUUGGAAACUGGCAGGACGUAGCCAAUCAGAUGUGUACAAAAUCCAAGGAGGAGUGUGAGAAACAUUAUAUGAAACACUUUAUCAACAAUCCCUUGUUUGCAUCUACAUUACUGAACCUGAAGCAGGCGGAGGAGGCGCAGCACAACGAAACAGCCAUUCCUUUCCACCCUGCUGAUGAUCCCCCACGGCCUACUUUUGAUUCCUUGCUCUCCAGGGAUAUGGCUGGGUACAUGCCAGCAAGAGCUGACUUUGUUGAGGAGUUUGACAACUACGCUGAAUGGGAUUUGAGAGAUAUUGAUUUUGUAGAAGAUGAUUCAGACAUUUUGCAUGCUCUGAAGAUUGCAGUUGUAGAUAUCUAUCAUUCCAGGUUAAAGGAAAGACAGAGAAGAAAAAAAAUUAUAAGAGAUCAUGGCCUAAUCAACCUCAGAAAAUUUCAGAUUUUGGAAAGGCGAUAUCCAAAGGAGGUUCAAGACCUUUAUGAAACAAUGCGACGAUUUGCACGAAUUCUUGGACCGGUAGAGCAUGAUAAGUUCAUUGAAAGCCAUGCAUUGGAAUUUGAGCUGCGAAGGGAAAUAAAGCGACUACAGGAAUACAGAGCAGCAGGAAUCACCAAUUUCUGCAGUGCCAGAACAUACGAUCACCUUAAGAAGACAAGAGAUGAGGAACGCCUGAAGCGCACGAUGCUUUCUGAAGUCCUGCAGUACAUCCAGGACAGCAGUGCCUGCCAGCAGUGGCUCAGUCGACAAGCUGAUAUUGAUUCCGGCCUGAGUCCCACGGUACCAGUUCCUUCAAAUUCAGGUAGACGGAGUGCCCCACCACUGAACCUCACAGGUCUCCCAGGGACAGAGAAACUUAAUGAGAAGGAGAAGGAGCUCUGUCAGAUGGUGAGGUUGGUCCCUGGAGCCUAUUUAGAAUAUAAAGCUGCUUUAGUGAAUGAGUGUAACAAACAAGGAGGCCUGAGACUAGCGCAGGCUAGAGCACUCAUCAAGAUCGAUGUGAACAAAACCAGGAAAAUCUAUGACUUCCUUAUCAGAGAAGGGUACAUCACAAAAGCCUGAGGACAGACAUCAGCGCUUUGGCUGGAGCAGACAGAUGUGGAGAAGCUUUGAAGUCACUUUGAGAGCGCUGAAAGAUUUUAACAGUGUUGAAUGAAGGACAUUUCCUUUUGUUUAAAAUCUUUGGGGGCUUUUUUUUGUAAAAACAAGUAGGGAGCUUUGUUAAAUUGUAUGAAUACUGACAUUUCUUUGUCUGGUUUCCUUUUGACUCUGCUGUUUAACACUGCUGUUGUCAGAAGUACGCUGCCACGUAGCGCUGGAAAGAAUUACAUGCCGUAUAAGCUAUUCUUAAAUGUGAAUGGGCAUUCAUUUCUAUCACCUCUUGUAACUAAAAAGAGAAUCACGGUACUUUUAUGCUGACAGUGACACAGAAUAAGGACAGAAGAGCAGCACGUAAUGAGAGUCACACUUUGACUUUGUGUGAGUACAGGGGUAUAGAAAUGCAGUCCCCUCCCUUCUUGUACUCCUUCCUAAAACAGUGGCAGCUUUCAAAGGAGAUAGCACAUGCCUGAGGGUAUAAAAAUAGAGCUUGCAGUGGUCCAGUCUUUUUAACUUAAUUGUGAUAAAGGAUGGGAAAGGACAUUGCAGGGAAGCUCCUCAACAGUUGUUACUUUUAUGUGAUAUUAGCACAUAUCACAGCAUGAGAGUACUGUACAAACCAAUAAGCUUCAUCUGCUCGCUACUUGAUUUGUGAUUGUCAAGUUAUAUAUAAUCCCUCAGUUUAAGUCUUCAUUGCUCCGGCUCAUUGGAAAGGCUGGGUGUUACAACCAGAGCAGCCGUUCGGAACAUAAAUAAAAAGACGCUCAGUGCCCCGACGUUCUCUCACGAAAGAUAACAAGCGAAGAGCGCAACAAACUGCCCGGAGCACGCACUUCAGCCCUUCCUGCCCUCCUGUUCGUGGGGCCUUAUUCUCUCAGCUUACCGCACUAGCGGCAACGUACCCAGUUGACCAACAAAGCAAUGAUGAGGCGCAACAAGUUACUACACACACACACACGCAUGUGCGACACCCUGUCGCAUCAGAUGAUCCAUUGUACGACUUCGGUACAAAACAUUUGUAUUUGAAAAUACAAUUGGAUAAUGAAGAUGGUUCUUUUCAGCUGCAGCUUGGCAUGGUUUACUAGGCAGUAAAGUCUUUAUCAAACAGCUUCCAUUGCUAACGUAUAGUGCCGAAAUAAUGUCCCGUAAGUAACCUAACAGCCAAAGCAGGUGGGAUGUUGGGUGCUCUCAAGUUUGGGAUCUCAUGUGGAAAAGCCUAACUGAGCUACAACUAUACUGAUACCUAUUUAAGGUGUUUAGGGUUUGGGUUUUUUUUUUUUCCCCAAGAGUAAUUAUCCUGUGUACCUGAGGUGCCAUUGAAUGUGAAGUAUUUUGGUUUGUAAUAAAAUCAAAAUGACUUGAAACAAUCUUA